GAGAAUAUAUGAAAGAUGAAACACAUGGUAAACCUAGAAGUGCUAUAAAUUGAGGGAAGCUCUCUAUCUGCAACCAUUACUAAAGAGCUACAAAAAAAAAAAGAAACACACAAAAUCCUUACUUAAAAAUGGCAGUGAUGAGUCACGACAAAGCAAAAGGCAGGCUAUACGAGUCAGCUCACACACGGCCAAUUCCUUAUAACUCAAAAAUUGUUGGCCAAGAGAACGGCGGAGACGAUGACGAUGACGACAGUGACGUGGCUCCGGCGGCUUGAUCUUCCGCACUGACAGUUAAAUAAGUAGUAAUUGUGCUUCUUAUCUUAGAAACACACACAACACAAAUAUAUAUAAGCUUAGCUGAGCUGCUGAAGCACUAGAUCGUGCCUGUAUUUAUCCAUGUCGCAAGCAAGGUUUAGUAUUUAUUAGAUAAACAACAUUUUUGACUUUGGAGUGUUGAGAGACUUAGCUAGAUUUAAGUAAUAAUAUUAUGUAUCGGUGACUAUUACUUAUGAAUCAUGAAAUAAUAAUAUUACAUUGUGUACACAAGAUUUCUGUCAUUAUAUAUAUACACAUAUAAAUAUAUAUGUGUGUGUAAUACAAUCUUAUCUUCCUUCUGCUCAUCCUUUUUGUCGCCUCUCUAACUCGUAGGACCACUUACAGCAAAUUUUAGUAAAUUAAUAUAUAUGAUUCAAAUGUGAGGUAUAUAUAAGAAAUGAGUUUAUUGGGUGCAUAGCUGAUGCAGCGUAGAAUUAGGAUAAUUACCAUUUAUUUUUAUUAUCUUUAUUUUAAUUUUUUUUAUUUUAAUUAAGAUUAGGGUUUUCAUAGUUUUUAUGUUUUCAUAUAUAUAUAUGCUUUAUUCAGUUUUUGAUUAAUUAAUAAAAAUUAAAAGUUUUCUCUUUAUUACUUGUUUUCGAUAGAUCGGUGAUCUCAACGAAUUUAAGAAAACUUGGUUUAUUCGGGGACUUUAAGACUAAACGAAUAACCUUGUAAUUAUUCUAAUUUUCUGAAUAUUCUCAGAAUCAACGGAUCUCUAAUUCUAUUAUAUAAAGUUUCCGCUUCGUCAAUAGCACUACGAGAAAAUAAAGAUAUUGUGAUUAAAUUUUGAUACUAAUCAUUUUGGUCACAGAUCUGUUACAUUAUUGAUACGAUAUAGUAAC